AUGAUGUAACAAUACACGACUUCAAAUGUUAUGUUUAACUAUGACUUCAAAUAUUAAGCAUAACUAAAGAAGUUUCAACCCAGAUGUAUAUUCAUACAUGUAUUGGCAAGUAUUGUCAGAUGGAUGAACUUUCAGCACAUUUAAUUGAGGAAGACCAAAGAGCUUCACUACCUACGCAUCCCGAAGUGAAGAGGAUACAAUUAGCAAUUGAAAAUGUAUUAAAAACAAUCUUAGGCUGUAUUGCAGAUAAAGACAAACGACUUAAAGGCAAAUUGCUACCAGUAGGUAGCUAUUACACUGACUUAAAAAUUGGGUUUCCAGAUGAAUUUGAUUUUCUCUAUGAACUUGAAUCACUUGUUGAAGGAAAAAACUUUGAGAUAAGACCCUCUGGGUUUAAGGAUAUCAAAAACUUAUGGAGAACCCCAAAUGGCAAUCCAUUGAAGAAAAAAGUUCAAAUCAAGACACCAGAAAAAUUCUCUAACAAGGAUAAUGAAAAUUCGAGUUCUAACUGGUUACAUAAAAUAAAUGGAGGCUUUGUUCUAAGCCCUGUAGGCGUUAAAAAUACCCUUUAUGAUGCAGUUUUUCAUGAAGCACAUCACCUUGACAAUUCAAUGCUCCCUAGGUAUUUGUCCCUUGACAGGACAGAGGAAGCCACAUUUGUCUACGGUCCAGCUACUACUUUAUUCUUUAUUUGGAAUGGUAGAUUUUAUAAAAAUCUUAAAGUUAGUGUGGAUUUAACAGUAUGCAUUAAAGCAGAGAACUGUGACGAAUAUUUUGACUUUUUAAGACCAAAUUACAUGGAUCAAUCUAGCUGCUUAAGAAAAAUACUUGAAGAAGAAAUGUGUUGCUAUGGUUGCCACCUGGUACCUCAUAUUUCUGAUCAUGGCCAUAUUCAAUGGAAAUUGUCUACUUCUUAUUUGGAAACCAGAGUUUUAUCAAGAUUUCCAAAGAAAUCAGUCUUGAAACAAGUUAUUAGAAUUGUUAAAUUUGACAAGGAAAAGUUUCUGAAAGUGCGUCCCGAUCUUGGGAUAAUGAAUGAUAAAAUAUUAGCUGAUUUUCUUCAACUGGCCAACUUUUACAGUGGAAAUGAUUAUGAUGAAAAUUUUAAAAACUUAGUUUCAUCAUACGUAAUAAAGAAUGUAGUAUUCCACCUGUGUGGGUUUGCUACUUGCAGGGAAUGGAAUAAAGCUUCCCUUUCAACAUUGUAUCUUUUGACACUCACUACACUCUAUGGAGGUUUUAAGAGACAUUCAAUCAGAAACUUUUUUAUUUCUCAACACAAUCUAACCAUUCCAGACCAUGGAGAUAUCUUACCUGGGUUUCAGAAACUAUUUGGAGAAGUCAAAAUUGAAAGUUACCAAAAAAGGUUUCAACAACUGGAUAUAAAAGAUUUUGACUUGAAUAAAUUUGAAAGUCAACCAUUUGAGCCAUCAGGACUGAAAACAUUCUUUAAAAUUACUAAAGAUGACAUAGAUACAAAUUAUCAUAUUCUGUGGGAGUCAAAAUUUCUAAUUUAACAAAAUUUACGGUGUUGAUAAUUUAAAAGAAAAAUGCAAUUAGUAAUUUAGUCAACAGUAAACAUCUUGCUAUUUCUCUCACAUUAUAGAAAAGUAUGCUAUAUUUUAAAUAUUUAUUUUCCAUUCCUAUUUUGUACAUUUAACAAUAAGGUCGAUAGUUUUCUCUUUGAAUUGUUUCAAAAUUUGUUAUUUGGUAGGGCCUUUUAUAUCUGAAUAUGCAUAAGGGAAUUGCUAAUUGUUGAAGGCUGUACAGUGACCUACAUUUGUUUAUUUCUGUGUCAUUUGCUCUCUUUUGUAGAGUGUUUUCAUUGGCAAUCAUAUCACAUCUUCUUUUUUCAAAAAAACCUGUGCAACUGGAGAUAAACAGAAACAUACAAUUAUUUUUCACCUAAGGUAUAGUGUGAACAUGUUGUCUUUCCCUAUGUAGGUCAAACAGUCAGCUGCUCACAGAACGAAACACUUUUUUAGGUUUUUUUCAUAAUUUUUCAUAACAUAAAAGUUGUGGUAAAAGUAAGUUUCUCAGUUGAUCAGGAGAAAAUGUUACUCUAUUUGUUUCUUAAAAAAGGUGUGGCACCAUGGUAACCAUACUGUGUCUGAUAUGCAAAAUUGUGAAAAAUGCUUCUGUAAAAAGAAUAAACAAGAAAUAGAAUCACAAUUUACUUCUUUAUUU